AUGCACCGGACCGCGAACCUGCAACCGACACUGGGCAUGGAGCUCGCCGGGUGGCACAGCCAACAAGCCGUCCAAGCACUUGGGGAAUCCCCCGACGCAUCAAGCGUCCGCAGACCCGUCACCCAGCCAAACCAAAACGGAAAGCUACCAGACAAGCGGCAAGGAACCCAUGGGAGACCUGGGCCUGGGAGAACGGGAACCCCUGGCGCAGCUCACCCACCUCAAGCCACAUGCAAGGAGCCUGGUUCAACACACAGCCCUUCCUGGGGACGAAUAGCACUACCUCACCGACCAUGCAGCCUACCAAGCUCCGAUGGCCCAUACGAGGUAUCGGAUAAAUGGACAGCACGGAAUACACACCAGCUCUCUUACAGAGACAUUAAAUUCACUGCUCCUUUAGAGCUGUCAUGGUACAAUUAG